AUGGUGACUUCAUCAGUACUAGUUCCAAGAGUUGAGAGUUUGUCAAGCAGUGGGAUUGAAUCAAUCCCAAAAGAAUAUAUUCGGCCCCAAGAGGAGCUAACUAGCAUUGGCAAUGUUUUCGAAGAAGCGAGGAAAGAUGAAGGACCUCAAGUUCCAACCAUUAAUUUGAAGGAAAUUGAAUCUGAGGACAAAGAGGUCCGCGAGAAAUGCAGGGAAGAAUUAGUCAAGGCAGCUAAAGAGUUCGGAGUUAUGCACCUUAUUAACCAUGGAAUUCCUGAUGAUUUAAUCGAUCGUGUCAAGAAAGCUGGCCAGGCCUUCUUCGAUCUUUCCAUUGAGGAGAAAGAGAAGUAUGCUAAUGAUCAGGCUUCAGGAAAUGUUCAAGGGUAUGGAAGCAAGCUAGCUAACAAUGCUAGUGGGCAGCUUGAGUGGGAGGACUAUUUCUUCCAUCUUAUUUUUCCCGAGGACAAGCGUGACAUCUCCAUUUGGCCUAAGACACCUAGUGAUUAUACUGAAGUCACUAGUGAAUAUGCAAGGCUGCUGAGAAGUUUAGCAACCAAAAUUCUGUCAGCACUAUCACUUGGCCUUGGACUGGAAGAAGGAAGACUAGAAAAGGAGGUCGGUGGUCUGGAAGAGCUACUACUUCAAAUGAAGAUCAACUACUACCCCAAGUGCCCUCAACCAGAACUAGCUCUAGGAGUUGAAGCUCACACCGACAUAAGCGCACUAACUUUCAUACUCCACAACAUGGUACCUGGCCUACAACUCUUCUACGAAGGCAAGUGGGUAACAGCAAAAUGUGUCCCCAACUCAAUCAUCAUGCACAUUGGUGACACUGUUGAGAUCUUGAGCAAUGGAAAAUACAAGAGUAUUCUUCACAGGGGACUUGUUAACAAGGAAAAGGUGAGGAUUUCAUGGGCAGUUUUUUGCGAGCCACCAAAGGAGAAAAUCAUCCUCAAGCCAUUGCCAGAAAUUGUGACUGAGGCUGAGCCACCACUGUUCCCUCCUCGUACCUUUGCUCAGCAUCUCGAGCACAAGCUUUUCAGGAAGACCCAAGAUUCUCUCCUCACUGAAAAAGCUGAUUAA